AAAUAUCUCGGCUCUUCAACAUAAUGUGGCUCUGGAUCCUGUCGAGUGUGAUCUGCGUCAUUGCAGCGCAGCCACGUAGCGCCUCCUACUCCGGUGAAUAUGGUGGUGGAGGGGGAAAACGCUUCUCACACUCUGGGAACCAGCUGGAUGGACCAAUCACUGCCUUACGAAUCCGGGUGAAUCGCUACUAUAUUACGGGGUUACAGGCUCGAUAUGGGACAACAUGGUCUACAUAUGUUGGAGGUUCCAUUGGAGAUUUAGAGGAGAUUUUCCUGCACCCAGAUGAACAUGUGAUACAGGUUUCAGGGAAAUAUUCCAAAUAUCUCAGAGAAAUGACAUUUAUUACCAACAAAGGACGCCAGUUUCCUUUCGGCAAAGAUUAUGGAACCAGCUUUAACGCGGUGCCCCUCCACCCCAACACCGUACUGCGCUUCUUCAGCGGGAGCUCUGGGUCGGUCAUUGAUGCCAUUGGCUUCCAUUGGGAUGAUCCUUCAAGUAACUGUUCCUACUGCAGAAAUUAACGAUGAGGAUAAUCCCACCAAAGCCCUUAGAACAUGACAGAGUAUCAGUACAUUCUGCCUUCUCCUCUCCGGGAGCGUGGAUGUUGCUUAUUCCGUCUCUCUGUGUCUGUUCCCGUGUCUCUGACCUUCAUUUUAUUUUAUCAUUUUAUCUCCACUUCAGAUUAUAGUACUGGCAUUCGGCUAAUGGAAUUAAAUAAAAACCCAAUCUCCGUCCUCUCAUUGAAUCUUCAUUAAACGUCCAUUUUUGAAAGAGUAA